AUGGCUCCCAAAAAGCGGACGGCAGCCUCCAAGGAGAAAGACGCAAAGACAGCUGCGGUCGAUAUAGACCCAAAUUCAUCCUUGACGCCCGAGAGCUUUGAGAAGGAGCUCAAAGCUUUAGCUGCAAAGGCCCAGACCGAGACAUGGGGGAAUGCAUUCCGCGAACAGGCUUGGGUUUACGUCCGCCCGAUUGCCCUCUUGAGUCUACUCGCCGUCUACAGCAACGUUUCGCAGCUGUCUCUUUCGCCCGUCUAUGGCGCCAUUCCGUCCUCGCUGUACCAUGGCAGCCUGAUCAUCUCGUCGUGCUUCGUGGGCUGGUCGGCGAACCUGCUGUUGCAACGCGCUUUGCCUCGCAAGGUCAAACUGGUUCACCUGGUACCGAUCGUGGCUCUGUACAUUCCCAUGACGCAGCAUUUCUUGUUCAAGUACAGCAAUAUUUUCGGCGUGCGCUACGGACCGCUCGUGACCGAGCUGCUCACUCUCUUGCCCCUGAUAGUUGUGGUGGUUGCCUGCUGCGCAACCUACCUUGAGGGAGCUGACUUCAGCCUUCUCCCCAAGUGGCUGGCCGAUCCGGCGCCGGGAGCCUUGUCCUGGUCGGUCUACCGCGGCAUGGAGGUGCUGUCAGGACACUGGCUGCAGAACAACAUCGGCCAGACGUUUAUUGCGACCAGGAUGGGGGCCCAGCUGGUUCUGGGAGGUCUCUUUGCCAUGCUUGCGCCCUCAAAGCUCCUCCUGUUUGCCAUCCCUGGCCUGCUGCACACCGUCACACUGAACCCACACGUCAUGACGCCGUAUGCACUGGAGCGACUCAACGGCACGCUACAGACGCAGAACUGGACCAUCAUCGACAGGAAGGAGUCCCUGACGGGUUACAUCUCUGUUAUUGAGAACAAAGAGAUGGGGUUCCGGGUCAUGCGUUGCGACCAUAGCCUGCUGGGCGGCGAGUGGGUGCGUUACGGUCGCAAGAUUGUGUCGGAGCCAGUCUAUGGCAUUUUCGUGAUGCUGGAAGCUGUCAGGCUUGUUAAGAGGGAGGUUCCUGUGCCAGACAAGGACGCAAAAGCGCUGAUAGUCGGCAUGGGCAUCGGCACAACACCGUCUGCUUUGAUUGCACAUGGGAUUGAUACCACAGUUGUUGAAAUCGAUCCUGCGGUGUACGAAUUCGCCGCAAAGCACUUCCAUCUUCUGCCGAACCACACUCCAGUCAUUGAGGAUGCAGUUGCAUACGCCAAGAGGUUGGCGAGCAGCUCAGACAAGCGGUUCGACUACAUCGUAAAUGAUGUCUUCACGGGAGGUGCAGAACCUGUCGAGCUCUUCACACUUGAGUUCCUUCAAGACCUGCGCACGCUCCUCAACCCAGACGGCGUGAUUGCCAUCAACUACGCCGGUGACUUUACUCUGCCGCCGCCACGCAUUGUUCUCAACACCAUCAAACAGGUGUUUCCCAACUCCUGCCGCAUGUACCGGGAACACGCGCGCAAUGAGACCGAGGUUGCCGAGUCCAAAGUCGACUUUACAAACAUGGUCAUCUUUUGUCGAAAGACUGAGACGCCGGCGCCUUUGGCUUUCCGCGCGGCAACCGAGCAGGAUGUGCUGGACAGCGCGUCGCGGGUUCAUUUCUUGCUGCCAAAGCACGAGAUCCUUGAAAGUGAAUUCCUGUCGAACGAUACUUCGAUACUGAGGAGAAACGACACCAAGAUUCUUGAAAAGUGGCACAAGAAGAGCGCGAUGGGGCACUGGGAGGUCAUGCGGACGGUUGUGCCACCGCCGAUUUGGGAGAACUGGUGA